AUGCAGCCACUCUGUGUGCACGCCCUCAUCCUGGCGCUGAUGCUGGCCUCCUUCUCCGAAGCUGCUUGGAGGCCCCGUGCCCAGCCUCCGGCCGCACCCUCGGGGCCAGGGGCCAACAGGGACAUGGAGGCACAGUGGCGGGAGGCCCUGGGCCCAGCCUCUCCCCACCUGCCAGGCCCCCCACUCCAGGUGGCAGACCUGUCCAAGAAGCAGGCACCAUGGGAGGAGGAAGAGGAGGCCUACGGAUGGAUGGAUUUCGGCCGGCGCAGUGCCGAGGACACCGACACGCAUCCGUAGAGGCCAACA